GUUACUGACCAUGAGACGUUUUUCCUUCCUUGGUAACGUUUUCGGAAAUAGACGCACUUCCAUUACGUCAACUUCUAACUUAACUCCUAGACAAACACCCGAAUCCCCAGAAAUCGAUUAUCCAUUUUCUGACGACGAUGAUGAAGAUUGUAAUGGAAGGGGGCAUCGGUUCAGUGAUGCUAGUGGCAAAUUUCGGAAUGAUGAUUUUAAUGAGAAACAAGCAAAACGGACAAAUGUCGAAAUAAAUGUUCGACAAAACAAUUCAGGAAAUGUCCAUAAUUUACGGAAACAGUUGGAAGAACAAAAAGGACUACACGAACCACACAGUAGAACGUCAAAGAAAUCACUUUUGGGAAAUCGUAAAGCUUUAGACAAUAAAAAAUCUAAAGUUACAAGAAGUGAAGAGACUUAUACACUUGACCAAGAUUAUUUAGAGGAACCAAAAAGAAACAAAGUUGAUAUAGCACACCGUGGCCCCGACCGCCAUACCAAACCCAUUGCAAAGCAAGGUCUGAUUACAGAUUCGGAGUCAGACGAUGAAAUACGUAAAAAGAUUGCUAUAGCGCUUAACGAAAGAACAUUAAAUAAACAAAAAGACUCAUAUAAAAGGAAACGAAAUUCUAAGAAUGUAAAAAUAGAGUUGAACGACAGAGAUGACUUGUCCGUCUCAAGUAAAGAUGGCUACAUCCAUGCCAACUGGUUGUAUAGAAAACAGGCUACCAACAAUGGGGUUCUUCUUCAGGUAUCACUGGAUGAUAUGAAAUCGCUGUUAACUAAUAAUCAAACAAGGAAGCAAAAUUUAAAAGAAGAUUAUCUAACUUCUGACACAGAUACAAUAAAUACGAGCAGCAACAAUUCUGGUGUGGCUUUACUACCACAUGUAAAGAAAAAGAAGAAAGACAUAACCACGUCAAAACGAUUCUUGCCUUCAGAUAUGACUGAACGUAAUUCAAUGGCUUCUACCGAUAUGUAUUUAUCGGUUGGUAGUUAUGAUGCAGAGCGCUUUCUAACAUCUAACCGAAGAAUGUCUACAACCGAAAAGAUGAACGCAUAUCUUUUGUCUCAAGCAAGAAGCAUCAGCGGCAACUAUCGUCCUACAAAGGAAUAUACUGAUGAGUUUGAUGGGUAUGAUGCUAACAAAAAUAUUGCAAACCAACGAAGACAUUUUGGCACAGAUGGGCGUCAUAACGGCAUUGAAUUGGAUGAUUGUUGUUUUGCACAUGGUCUUUUAUGUGAUUCUCGAUGUUCUGACAAUUUAUAUAAAGAUCACCACUCAAGUUUGAAUCAUUGUAACAACAGUAGUUGUAAAAACUGUGGAACGUGUAACAACAGCAGUUGCAAAAACAGUGGAACUAACAUAUUCCCAAACAUAAUUUCUAAUCAUAGUGGAUUUACAAAUAACCCAGUAUAUAAUAAAAAUCUACCAACAACGGGUACACAUUAUCUACCAUCGAAUAACUAUGUGAAUCAACACUUCCAUAGUCAAAAUGCUUCAUCUCAACAUUUUCCAGUAACCACACAUGGUAAUAGUAUGCCUGCACCUAUUCAGGGAUUAUCACACAAUGUUGCACAGGUACCGGCAUUAUUAUAUAAUUUCUCAACAGUGCCCGGAUUGUCACAGAAUAACACACCAGUAGCUGGACUGCCGCAAAAUGUAUUUCCCAGCACGGUAUUAUCCCAGAAUAUUCAUCAGAUGACACAACCGGUACAUUCUGCUAUUGGUCAAAUCGUACAGCAACCAAAUGAUCCAACAAAAACCGACUGUAGCUCAAGAAUCACAAUAGAACAACCGAAUGUAGACAAAGAAGAUACAAACAAGGAAAAUACGGAAAACAAAGGUUUACCGUCAACAACAGACCCAAAGAACACUCAUAGUAAAAAAGAACAACAAAUGCAGAAUGUGGGAAAGCUUCGUCCACUUUCUCUUAUACUGACCAUUUUAGCAGGGCUAUGUGGCUUUGGAGUGAUUGGUGUUGGAGUUUGGAGCAUGAUAGAUGAAGAUAUUACCAUGUACACAGAAGUUAUACAAGAAAAGGACAACCAGAACUUCUUAUACUUCUGUUAUGGGCUGUGUUUCUUGGGCACCUUGUCUACUGUAGCCUUUUUAUUUGGCUUUUGUGGUCUCUUAAAGCUGAAUCCGUGCUGUUUAAAAGUGCAUUGGUCAGCAGAAAUUGGCGGCGCUGCUUUGAUUGUUGCAAUCGUGGCUUUGAUUUAUUUGAACUUGGACAAUCUAUACAAUAUUCCAGUACUGACAUUGGUCACAGGAAAGGUAGAAACAAACCUAGCCAAGUUUUUAAAGGAAUCGCUGAUGAACAAUUACUUAGAUGGAUCACCUACAGCCUUAUCCUGGAACAGACUGCAAAUCGAGAAGAGCUGUUGUGGCAUCAAGGGCAAAGAGGACUAUGCGUACAGUGCUUGGACUAAUAAUUCUAGGACGUUUCCAAAGAAAAAGUUUCCGAACAGUUGUUGUGUUGUUAAAGAAAAAAACUAUGUUGACCCACAGCCAACAAAUACAAUGCUGUGUCAUUUGCAGACCAGUGGAUUUUACCACCAAAAGGGUUGUCUAGAAAUGGUGAUGAUUUGGUAUAAAGAAAAUAGCCUGAUUACACUUGGAGUUUUAGGAGGACUAUUUUUAGUUGAGAUUGCUUGUUUUCUGUUAGCCUUCAAGAUAUCUAGAAGUAUUGUGCUAGACCGAACAUGAGAGAAACCAACAACCAUAUGAUGGAGUAACUACAUUUGUCAUCGAGAACUGCAAAAUACUGAUAGUUCAGUCUAGUAUAGAGUACUGAGGAGAGGAAACAGAGUAGGCAGAUCAAGGUGGAAUAUGCUAAGAAAGUGAUUGC